AUGGCGUACUACGUGAUGCCAGCUCCUGGGGUAGAAGCUGCCAUUGACCCUGGGAGCAACCUACCUGGCCUGUCGGACGCUGGACGAUCAGAUGCAAGAGACCUGCUGUCGAUCCCAUCGCCUCUGAUGAGUGCGUGCACUGGCCCUGCAGCCGCCCCGCAGUGGGCAGCGGAGGCGACUACGUGCAACCUGGGCGGCAGCGCCGGCGCACUGUUCGCGCAGCUGUUGGCAACCCUGGCGCAAGCGCAGUGCCUGCUGUCGGACCGCGGGGCCUACCCGCCUGACACACUGAGCCCGCUGCCGGAGUACGAUUUCGUGGUGGUCGGCGCCGGGUCCGCCGGGUCCGCGGUGGCAGCUCGCCUCUCGGAGAACGCCGACUGGAGGGUGCUGCUGCUCGAGGCAGGCGGGGACCCACCGCCCACCUCAGACAUCCCCGGACUCUUCCCCUCGCUGGCACGGACGGAGGUGGACUGGUCGUGUCUGACUGAAGUAAACAGUCGUGUCUGCCAACUGCAACCUGGCGGGAGGUGCGCCUGCCCCCGCGGCAAGGUUCUGGUGGACUGGUCGUAUCUGACUGAAGUAAACAGUCGUGUCUGCCAACUGCAACCUGGCGGGAGGUGUGCCUGCCCCCGCGGCAAGGUCCUGGGGGGCAGCAGCUCCAUCAACGGCAUGGCCUACUUCAGGGGCAGCCCGCAGGAUUACGACUCGUGGGCGGCGCUAGGGAACCGCGGCUGGUCCUACCGGGAGGUGCUGCCCUUCUUCAAGAAGCUGGAGACCUUCGACGGGGAGGAACUGCAGAGGAGACCGCAGACGGCAGCUCUGCACGGGUGCGACGGGCCCAUCCAGGUGUCAAGGACUCAGCGUCUGGACCCUGCUGUCGAUGCACUGGACUCUGCAGCCGAGGAAUUAGGCUACAAGCUCGUCGAAGAUUUCAGCACCGAGCCAAACAUUGGGUUUGGUCAGGCGUACGCAUCCAUCAAGAAUGGGUCGAGGUGGAGUACAGCCCGUGGAUACUUAAUGCCAGCUAAGGAGAGAGCGGACCUACAUGUCGUUAAGUUUGCGCUCGUAACCAAAGUGCUGAUCGAAUCCACGAAAAAGAUAGCUUACGGUGUACAGUUCCUAAAGCAGGGGAAGAUGCACGAAGUUAGAGCGACAAAGGAAAUAAUUCUUUCAGCAGGGGCUGUCAAUACACCUCAACUGUUAAUGCAUUCCGGCAUUGGACCAAAAGCUCAUUUGGAGGGAAUUGGUAUACCUGUGGUAGCGGACCUCAAAGUGGGUUACAAUCUUCAGGAUCACGUAACAUAUGUCGGUAUGUAUUUCACAAGGAAGCCACUGCUGAAAAUGGUGCCUGAAGAGGGCAUAUUUCAAUACCUAAUGAACAGGACAGGUCCUCUAUCAACUACCGGAAUCACUUCAUACGUAGGAUUUAUACGGACGGAUGCAGCGUCACGUGAAGCUCCUGGGAUUGCUGAAGCCGAUAGGAGUAACCACCCAGACAUACAGUUAUUCUUUGAAAUGGUGCCGAGCGGCACUGGCGAUAGAGUGGCCAAAAUAUUCAACUACGAGGAAGAAGCGAUGGACCCUCUGGUCAAACUGAUAGCGCGAAAUGAUGCAAUUAUACCGAUGACGGCGCUCGUGGCACCGAGAAGUCGGGGGCGCAUAAGGCUGAGGAGCGCAGACCCGAUGCAGCCGCCGCUGAUCGACUCUGGCUACCUGGAAGACCCGCGCGACCUCGAAAACCUGCUGUCCGGCGUGUCGUUCGCCUACCGUAUGGGCUCCACGAAUGCGAUGCGGCGCGCAGGCUUCGCCGUCGAGGACUACCCACUGGAGGCGUGCAGCCACCGGAGGCGGCUGACGCCGGAUUACUGGCGCUGCGCUGCGCCCUACGUGGUCAGCCCGGCCUUCCAUCCCGUGGGCACCGCCAAGAUGGGCCCCUCGGGCGAUGUUGACGCAGUCGUCGACGCGAGGCUGAGAGUCCACGGCGUGCGCAAUCUGCGUGUCGCCGACGCGUCUGUCAUGCCGCUCAUUGUGCGUUGCAACACCAACGUGCCGACAAUCAUGAUCGGCGAGAAGUGCGCCCACAUGGUAGCCCAAGACUGGGGGCACUAA